AAAUAAUGCAUCGAAACUACAAAACUAUCUCACUGACUAAUUUACUAUCUCUAAAUUUAUCUUGUUUGGAAGCUUGGAAGCUUCAAGUAAUCUUAUACAAUGUGGAUGCAACUAGGCUGCCGUGCAUUUUUAAAAGGUGUCAAAAAAACAUUAGAAAAGCGGAAAGAUGACGAUGGAGAUACAACGCUCCGUAUUCCAGAUAGAAAGUCUGAUAUCGUUUACCUAACUCAACCAUCAAUGAACGAGCUAACGCGAACUAUUCACUCCGCAUUGUCAAUGGAUAAGUCUAAUCGCGUUGUUGUAGCAGGGCAGAAUACUCAGGACAAUUAUCUGCGAGCACUAACAAAACCCCAAAAGCAAAAUACCUAUUCAAAGUGUUUUUCUAAAUUGUUUAUACCCGAGCGCAUCCCAGAUCGAAAUGUGCCACAUCUAUCUUUAAAGGCUAGUCCUAGUUUAAUGCAACGAACACUAUCGUUCGAUGAUUUAGCCCACAUUAAACGGUUGCACUCGUCGGAACCAUUGUUGUGGCGAACACAUUCGGAGGGGGCGUUGGGCACCAAACCAGGGAUUUACAAACAGAAUUGUACUCAAUCCGAUGACGAUAGAUAUGAUCUUUCUUCCAAUGCAGAUUGCAUGGUUAAUGUUGGUCAAAAGUGCUCAUGUAGAUACACAGCCAACUGCGUAGAAAUGGAUUCCAAUGAUGAUUUCGAAGUCUUCAAUGAUUCCCUACAAAAUAGAACAUUUGAAGUGAUUGAGGCAUCACAGCUUACACCCACGAUGUCCCAGGAACUUUUUACUGAGGAGCAACCAGAAAAUUCGAGCAUGUGUUAUUGGAUUACUUUAGCUCACUUACUCAUAGUGAUUGCAGGGAUCCGCGGACUCCUGUGAAAUAUAUUUUUACACCGCCGUAAAUGAUAUUCCUACUUUCAUUUAUCCUGUUCGAAAUGAUUUUUUUAGAGUAACCACCGUACAGAAAAAUAAUAACUCAGGUAGUGAAAUUGCAAUAUCGGUUUAUAAACAAAACAAGGGGUAAU